UGGUAUUGAGUCUAGUUUUUCAUUCUGUUUGUUAUUUUUGAGAUCAUCUAGAUUCCAUGGCAUUGUUUCUCAAAACAGAAUGAAGAUUCUUAUUUCGUGAUGCCGGAUCAGCUUUUAUUUUCAUAAUCAGGAGAGCAAAUCAUCUUGAAACUGGGUUUGUUUUUAAUCUAAGGAUAUAAACGGUUCUACUCGCAUAAAUAACACGGAAGCCAGUAUGAUGUAUUACUACACGGGAUGUUAACUGGCAGUCAGUAUGUUCAGACUUUAAUCUUAGUUUUUGUGCACUUCAUUCGCUAGGGUCACAUUGCACUGGCAUAUUUUUGUUUUGACUUUUAUGGGAAAGUGGCGCUUUAUUUUUUUUUCGUAUGUCUACUAAGAUUGUACGUAGAAUUAACCGAGAUCAGAUUGUCUACACUUCAGUGAUAACCAUAGAACAAAUAUUAUAUAGUUAGUGAUUUUGCUCUUGUCUACAUAUUGAUGUAGAGUGUCCACUGGCUGAUACCAACUUCAUGUUUGUAGAAGUGACAAGUUUUGUUAUAUGAAGUAAAGCUGGACUUUGAAAUAAUGUCAGAACAUUUUGAGGAAUUUCAGUUUCCAAAUGCUUACACUGGACAAUGUUUUGAGAACAAUUUCCUACUUUCUGAUAACGAUUUUACAGACUUGAACCAUACACCUAUAGGUAUUGGUAACCCGGGUCCGUUCCGUAUGCCAAAGCGGCGUGGAAGACCUGUCGCGAAUAAUGCAGCUCGUGAGAGAUCGCGUGUUAAAACUCUGAGAUCAGCUUUUCUAGAACUUCAAAGGACAUUACCAGCAGUGCCGCCGGAUACGAAAUUAUCAAAAUUAGAUGUUCUAGUGUUAGCCACUACUUACAUUGCCCACUUGAUGAGCGCACUACAAGAAGAUGGCGAUGUAUCUCAAAUAUUUGCUGCAAACGGCUGUAUGCACCCUGUUAAGAAAUGGCCAAUGAGGACCCGCCUGUAUGCUGGAAUUUUAAGCAGCACAGUUCCCGCGCUACAAGAACCGGAACAAGAAUUUAGAUCACCGGAAACACGCAACUCGGCACCAUGGACGCUUAAUUCGUGCAGAUAAUUAUCUCGCUAUUCUAUCUUUAAGGCAAACACCUUCACAUUUUAUAUGUAAAUAUUUUAAAUGACCUGUUCUGGUCAUUGUGCAGAACAUUUUAUUGAAAAUGUAUGAUCUGUUAAAAUAAUUUACAAAUUGGUAGAAACAUUAUUUAAUGGUACGUUAUAUAUAUAAAUUGUCGAAUAUGUACGAUACAAAAAUACUAAAAAAACUCAGUCACAUUUUUUUGCUAUUAUACAUGUUGUUUUUUAAAAUGUUUUUAUGGUAGACAAUUUAUAAUUCAUUUUCAUCUGUCGCGGAUUUGAAUUGUCAAUUCAUUUCUUUUUUUUAAAUUUUUGUAGCUAAAAUCUAUAUCUUAACACUGUCGUUAUUUUUCAACAACUUAACCGCUACAGAUAUGCAGUUAUAUGUAAUUUUAAUUCUCCCUGUAUCAGGAGUUAAAAAGCCACGUAAAAUGAUUGUUGUAAAUAAUUAGAUGUGACGGUAAGGUCAUCAGUGAACACAGAAAGUGGCGGGACAAGUUAUUAUAUUUUAAUUAAUUGUCUCUCUGUGUUGACGAUGUAAUCAAGUAAAACACGUCAACUCUAACGAUUCUUUCGUGGUCGACGAACAUAAACUAAUGUGAAUAUCAAAAGUUUGUAAAAAGCAGAAUCAUUUUUUAAUAAUUUUAGAGAAACGCUAAAAAACUGAUGAGUUGAAAACAUUAUGAUGACUUGUCUAAAACCUGGUGUAUUUGUUUCCAUAUACAUCGAUUGAAUAGUUAAUCGUCAGAAGUAAUUUCUAUAAGUAUGUUUUAUCAGAAAUAUACAUUACAUUAUAUUAAUGUAUCUCCACAUUAUUGACGUUUGAAACUUACUUUUGUACAUUUAAAUACUUAAUUUAUUUAUACUUAUUAUAAUUAUUUUAUUAUGCUUAUCUAUUUUUCUAUUAUUUUUGUUUAAUUUCUCAUUCGAUUUAUCUAUAUUUACAUAUAAAACAUUUGUUAAAAUCAUUUCCUGAAAAAGUACUUAAAACUGAAAUUGAUAAGAAUUUGAUAUCACACAACUUCAUU